AGUCUCCAGCAGUAGCAAUUUAGGUAGGCUCCCUGUUUAUGUGACCCGCGCAGUGCGUGCAUGAGACAGUCUUGCUCUGUAGCUACACGGCGGCAGGGUCAGGCAAGGAAAGGGUUACACGUACAGCAUGGCGUAUCACGUGACUGGCCCUGCUUCCUUGUUGUGAGUUGCGACUCGGGGGGAAGAGUUUCACUGCAACACCAGCAGCUUCUCUCCAGAGCUAUGGCUCAUAGGCAGUAUACUGAUCCCUACAGCUCUCCUUACUGAUUCCUACUGGCUGCUGGCGAUGCAAGCAGCAGCCUCUGCUCCCCCAGCGCUACCCGUGCGCAGUGAUUGCUGCUACACCAGCUGCUAUUGUGAGGAGAAUGUCUGGAAGCUCUGCGAGUACAUCCGAGAUCAGAGUCCGCUUCCUCUGGAAGAAUUUUACGCUGUGUUCCUGUCCAACGAGAAGAGGAUGAUACCUGUUUGGAUGCAGCAAGCUGGAAGACGUGAUGACCCAGUAAUAUGGGAUUACCAUGUUAUUUUGCUUCACGUCUGCAGUGGAGGGCAAAGGUCCAUCUAUGACCUGGAUACCGUGCUACCGUUCCCGUGUCCCUGUGACCUGUAUAUAAAGGAAGCUCUGCGCUCAGAUCACAAUAUCCCACAGGACUUAAGAAGGAAGCUCAGGCUGGUCAGGGCAGAUGAAUUUCUGAGGACUUUCGCUUCAGACCGUUCCCACAUGAAAGACCCCGACAAUAAGUGGAAAAAAACUCCACCAUCGUAUCCAUGUAUCCAAACGCCAGAAUCCUCUAUGAACUUGGACGAUUUUAUCAGUAUGGCCCCCCACGUGGGCUAUGGCACGGUGUACACAUUAGACGAGUUCACAAAGCGUUUCAGCACACCCGUUUGACUCGCUGGUGUUCUAGUUCAUGGAGACAAUACAGCUACACUCGCCAUUGUUCAGAGAAGUUUCCACUUUGCAUAAUUCAUCCAUCGCAUUGUAAAUGUUCCUUCUCCCGGCUGCAGUAGCCGCACAGCGCACGGAGAAAGCUCCUAGUCUCUGAUAUCUCUCUAUCGCCAGCAGAUUUUCUUACACUCACAGCUAACAGACAAAAAAAAACAUUGUUGCAAUGGAUACAGGGAAUUUUAUUACAGGGUAAGCAAACAAAAAAGAACCAAACUCCACAUUUAUAGACUGUUUGUAUCUUCCAGGUUCCAUGUCGAUUGAACUGGAACAAAAAAGCUGGAUUUUGUGGCUUUUAAAGGCCAGUCUUGGUCCAUUUUGCAAAUAAAAAAUAUAUGAUCAACUUAGUAUUGCUGUAUUGUGUUGUCAGAUUGGAAGCACAUUAAACGUUGUUUUUAUUUUCUGUG